AUGAACCCAACGAUAAUGAAAGAAAGCCGAGUAAAUGUUUUCAAAAUUGGAGAACUGCUGAGGUUUGGCAAGGGGGAUGAGGAGGACGAUGAGGAUGAAGAAAAAUCAAGUGGGAGUGUUGGUAAGGAUGGAAAGGAGAAUCCUUUUGUUAUGAAUGAGAAUGAAAGGAAGGAGUGGAGAAAAAAGAUUAGAGAGGUGGUGAGUCGAAUUCCAGAUGAUGUUGGAGAAGAGACUGAUCUUGUCGAGAAGCGGAAGAAAAUGCAAAAGCUUCUAGCCGAAUAUCCGCCAGUGGUUGAUGAGGAGGAUCCUGACUGGCCGGAGAAUGAGACAGUGUGGCGGGAUGAUGACUAUAUUCGUCCAAUCAAAGACUAG